AUGCCUGAGCGUCAGCGCGCCCCUCGCGAUAGCAACUCUUCCCGUCAGCACGUUCGUGCUCAACUCUCCACCUCUGUCCCGCAGUUCCUCUUUUGCCUUACAUGUGUCCAGCUCAAUAUCGUCAAUUGGACCCAGGCGGGGACCGGGCUUGGUUUCGGGCCUCGCUUCCAGUUUCGCUUUGUUCAGGACUCCGGCAAUUCAAAUGACUGUCAGAACUGUGCCCAGGAAGGUUGA